UAUUAUUACUGUCACUUCAUUUCAUUAGUAGAAACUGAUUCCAGAAUACUAAGAAGCUCUCUGAUGGAUCGAUUUGGAAAUAAGGUUACACCUGCAAAGAACUAUACUCUUAUAGAUUUCGUAAAGGAAAAGUUGAAUGAAUUGAAGAAUUAUGAUAAUAUUGCAAAUAAGGACUCACCACUUGUUUCCAUUAAAAACUUUGAAGACAUUCAUAUGGAUGCGGACCUACUAAAGGCAGUUUAUGCAGCUGGAUUCAAUAGACCCUCCAAAAUACAAGCAAAUGCGUUGCCACUCCUAUUGGCAGAUCCGCCCUUAAACUUAGUCGCACAAAGUCAAUCUGGAACCGGAAAGACGGCUGCUUUUGUGUUGGCAAUGUUAACCCGUGUAAAUAAAAAACUAAAUUAUCCUCAGGUUAUCUGCUUAUGCCCAACGUAUGAGCUUGCAAUACAGACAGGUGAGAUCUGUACUAAACUGUCUGCAGGUAUCACAGUGAUAUAUGCAGUGCGUGGCGAACCCAAUCCAUCUGUAGCUCAAAUCACGGAACAGAUUAUUAUUGGAACUCCCGGAAAAGUCAUGGAUUGGGGAAUUAAAUACAAGUGGUUUGAUCUCAGUAAGAUUAGGGUCUUUGUUUUAGAUGAAGCUGAUACCAUGGUUUCUACUCAAGGUCAUCAUGAUCGAUGUAUUCGUAUUCAUAGAAAACUUGACUUGAGUUGCCAGAUGAUUUUCUUUUCCGCAACAUACGAUGAUGAAGUGCUCGAUUUUGUGCAAUACAUGGUGCCUAAUCCUAAGAUUAUAAGAUUGCCGCGUGAACAGGAAUGCCUUGAUAAUAUCAAGCAGUAUUAUGCUUUAUGCCGAGGCGAGGAAUCAAAAUAUACAGCAAUACAAAAUAUUUAUGGUGGGAUUACAAUUGGUCAAGCAAUUAUUUUUUGCAAUACUCGUAAAUGUGCUGCCUGGCUAACAAGGAAACUAACUAAGGAUGGUCACUCUGUUGCCGUGCUCUCGGGAGAAUUAAAUAUUGUAGAACGUCUUUCUAUUUUAGACCGCUUUAGAGCAGGACUUGAAAAAGUCUUGGUGACUACUAAUGUCUUAUCACGAGGCAUAGAUGUCACACAGGUGACAUUAGUUGUGAACUUUCAUAUGCCAAUCUUGCAUGGUGACGAGAAACCUGACUACGAUACAUACUUGCAUCGCAUUGGGCGCACUGGAAGAUUCGGGAAACAUGGUAUAGCUUUAAAUUUAGUUGAAAACGAAAAUGACAUGAAGCUAUUACGCUCUUUUGAGGCACAUUUCAGGAAACCUAUAAAACUUCUUAAUACCAAUGACUCUGAUGAAGUUCAUAAACUAGAACAUUAA